CCGCCUCCUGAUUGGCGGAGGCGGCGGUAGACGUCGGAGGACGCGGCGGCGGCCCCGGGCUGGUGUCUCCCCGGGUCGCGGGUCAGGUGCGCAAGGGAGCGUUAGCCCCGGGAGCUGAGGACGCCGCGGUGGCGGCGGCGCCUCAGACUCAUGAGGAGCCGGAAGCUUGCAGAUGGGGUGCGCUCUUCAGCACGCCUAAGGAGCAAAAACUGCCCAGCAACCAGAGCUGCCUCGGCUCAAGAAGCAGAUGGUUCCAAAUCUACAAAAACAGUGUGUUUGGCUUCAUCACACAAAGCAACUGAGAGACGUGCUUCCAAGACACUCAAGUAUGAAAAAGACGGUUUCAUCAAGUCAGGAUUACAAGAACUAACUACCAAAAAGGAAAAAACUUCUUUGCCAAAAACAGCAUCUGAAACCUCAAGUGAGAAUGAGCCUCUGAAGUGUGCUGAGCACAAAGCGUUGCCGCCAAGUAAUGAAGCUAAUACUUCCAAGAUUUGUGAACAGCAAAUAGAGAGGAAUGAGAAUGGUCUUUCUCAUCACAGUCACUCCAGAGAGGUGGGCAACAGUUACUUAGCAAAGACUGAAAAUGACUUGGCCCCCUCAAAAUAUAAAGAAAAUCUGGUAGAGGAAGACAUGUGUAAGCAUGAUGCUGUGCUGCUUGGGGAGGCUGGGUCAGAGGCAGAUCCCCAGAAGACACCAUCCCACAUAGACAAUAGCAUCUUUUUAGAUGAAGAUAGCAAUCAGCCGAUGCCAGUGAAUCGAUUCUUUGGAAAUGUCGAGCUCAUGCAAGACCUUCCGCCAGUUUCUCCACCUUGUCCUUCAAUGAGCAGACGGGAAUUCAGAAAAAUGCACUUCAGAGCCAAAGAUGAUGAUGAUGAUGAUGCAGAAAUGUAGAUAUUUAAUAAAACGUUAUAAAAUUAUAUCUCUAUUUUUUAUACAUUAAGGACAGUUACCAAUGUCAUGCUAUUACAGAUGAUUCUAAUUGCCACAUGUCAGUAUCAACAUAAACUCUCUCCCCAUGGGAACUUUCUAGCUUGAAAAGUAAGCUAAGGUAAUUUUGCUAUUCCUGGUUGAUAAGGUUCUAAAGCCACUGUGGGAAAUUCAUUGAGGUGAACUUGCAGGUUGUAAAGCUCCUAUUUUUUCUUUGGGGGGAUGAUUGGGCAGAAAAUUUUGCAUUGCUUUGUUCUUAACCGUGGCAGCUCCAACUAUACCUUCUAGUAAAGUGGGUCUACUACUUUUUAUAAUAAAUUAUGCUUUGAGUAAGCCCAGUGGGGCUAAGAAAGAAUGGCACAUUUAUACAUAUAAAAAUGGCAUCUAAAAUUUGUUUUUACAGUGUAUGAGCAAGCUUCUGUUCUACCAGUUCGGGUAAUUUGAGUGAUUCCUGCAGGUUACCUAAUAAAUUCACCUUGAGUGAUUUUUCUACUUUUGUUGUUUCCCUAUACAUGCAGACUAGUGGUUACUAUAGAUGUUUUAAGUUUGCAAAGGAAGUCUUAAACACUAGAAAAGAUUGUUUUUUAUAAUUACAUUUUAAGAAGCUUUAAUUUUGUCCCUAAGUGGACAGUAUUAUUCCUUCCAAAAAUAUUUAACCCAUUAAUGGAGAGAGCAAUUACUUGACUAAAGACCAAGCACUUAAUUCUUUCUCCUAAGGGUUUGACUAGUGUUAAGGCUCCUGCACCCAUUAAACAACCUCAAAGAAGGAGACUGCAGUAAAAGUAGAUCUCCACCUAAAAGGAAAGAGCCUCAUUUACUUUUCAGCAUUGAGGGGACUUUUUCCUUUUUGUCCAAUGUAUCUUUGUGUAAGUUGUUACAAGUCAAAAAAUAGUAAAUAAUGUUGACUAUACUCUAAUUUCUUCUCCAACUUCAUUUGUAGAAUAGUUUGAUAGCAAAUUAAAAUGAAGAGAAAAUUUUCAACUUCAUCUCAUAUGCCAUUCAAAAUAUUUGCCCUAGUUGACUUAUUUUUUUCCCCAGCAGCCAGUUUCGUUUUAAUUUGAUCAUUUUCCCAUUAGGAGAUGUGACCUUCUCUUACUCCAGAUAAUUCUGUGAUUUAUUGGUCAAUGAACCUACAAUACAUUUAAUAACAUGGACAUGUUGCUUAUAAUCCAUUCAUAUUAUGAAAGCUUGGGAAAAUAAUUUACAGUUUGAGAUUACUGCAUGAACUUGACUAUUAAUCAUAACGCCUCUCUGGUGGUAAUUGAGUUGCCUCAAAAUUUUAGAAUUUUGUGUUUGCUCUAUUAGUUUCUAUGUACUUUUUUUAAAAAAAAUUAAAUCAGAAUGUUAUCUACCAGUACUGCUCGUUAUUAUUGCUGUGUUCCAAUAAAAAAGUUAUAUUGAAAAAAC